AUGCCUGCAGAUGCCGAACCCUCAACUGUAGUGAAGGCACUUCAUUUGGCUUUCCUGUCAACUUUCUGGGGAAUGCAGAUCUGGGUCACUUUUAUAUCUAGCUUUGUGAUGGGCAGCAAUCUCCCACAACACACAUUCGGUUUCAUUCAGAGUUGCCUCUUCCCAUAUUACUUCCACAUUGGUUCUGCUUGUGCUUUCAUCAAUCUGACCAUAUUUGCUAUGUGUCACCCCAGCAAGCUGCUCAAUGAGGAAGAAACCAUGCAGAUUACAGUCUUCUUUGUUUGUGUCUCAGUUGCUGCCCUAAAUGCGCAAUGGUUUGGGCAAGUGACUUCAGAUAUUAUGGCGGAAAUGCACCUGAUAGAGCAAAGCUAUGGUCUAGGAGAAGAUGUUGGUUUGUUCUUAAACAAAUCGCUCGUACAACUGCGUGAACUGGAUUCUGCCUACAAGGAGCUGGCUCACAAACUGAAAAUCUACCAGGGCUUCUCUUCACUCUGUAAUCUGUGCUGCAUGGCAUGUAAUGGCUUGAGUCUCUACUAUAUGGCUGCUCACCUUUCAACACUAUAA